AUGAGGGGGUCCCCGUCAGUUGUCUGGGCCAUCUGUGUCGCCUGCUUGCAGCACUCUGUGUUCCCACAGAUCCUCCCUCUCGGGUCAAACAGGGACAGGCCGCGCCCUGCAUGUGCCAGCACACCCAGUUUAGAAGUACCUUCUUUUCUGACAGACAAGGUGGAGUGCUUCUCCGACUACAUGACCCUGCAGAUCCCGAGCAGCUGCAUGGAGGGUUUGAGGCAGUGGCUGGGCAGAGUCCUACAGCUGCCAGGCACCUGGACGGCCCCCAGCCACCUGGAUCCUCUUCUUGCCCAAUGUGGCUAUUUCCUGCAUCCUGCACUGGAUGGUGACUUCAUUUUCCGAGCUCGAUACUUGGCCUGCUUUGUGCGGAAGGAGAAAGAAAAUUACAGUCUGGAAAUCAGACUACUUCAAAAAGGGGUGAAAAGGCUGGAGUGGAGCAAAGGCUACAUAAUGAAGUGUCCGGUGACUGUGUCCAGGCUGGCUCGACAGAGCAUCCACUGUGGCCCCACGUUCAUCCGGGCCUCUCGGCCACUACCCCUGAGGAGUGACAGUAGGCAGACCCCUUGGCUGCUGUCCCUUCGAGGGGAGCUGGUGGCCUCUCUGGAGGAUGCCAGUCGGAUGGGAUUGUAUGUGGACGUCAGUGCCACCACGGUCACCAUCCAAAGCCCAAGACAAGACCUUCUUCAGAGGCGGGAGGUGCUGAACACCUCUGCAGAGCUCCUGCCACUCUGGCUGGUGAGCGGCCACUAUGCCUACCCGCUACAGGCCGUGUGCCCACCGGUGUCAUCCCAGCCAGGGUCGGAGGUCUUAGUCCACAUCCCCAAGCAGAGAGUGGGCCUAGUCAAAAGAGGUUCCCACUUUCAGGAAGUCCUGAGCCUGAAGUCCCUCCACUCGCACCAGCCCGGCACCUUCACUGUGAUGGAGAGCAGGGAUUUCCUGGUGGUCAGCGUCCCUGGGGCUGCAUUGCUCCAGGUGCACCCAUGCCAGGAGGCCCGAGGAGCCCCGGGAAUGCAGGCCUUCUACUGCGUGGACCUGAGCCUAGAAUUUGCUGAGUCCCAGACCCCAGUGCUCUGGAUGGUAGAAAAGCACUUCCAGUGUGUAGUUUCCUGCAGUGAUGACACUGAUUUUAGAAAGAGAGAGCUACAACUCCACCCAGCAGAUAUCGGCUGA